AAGCCGGCUCGAGGACAGAUUUGGCUAACAUGGCGAGAUGUGUACAUCUCCAGUCUCUCCUCUCUGGCCUGGCAUCCAGAGCCUUGUUCUCUCUUAGUCCUCGGGUCCAGUCGGGUCCCUGCCUCCCCCGGGUACUAGGAGGCCUGCAGAGCAGGGGGUUUGGCUUGUACCACGUCCUGAGCAGCACCUCCGAGGGCAGCAGCCUGCCAGAAGACAAUGUAACUCUCCACUUUGUUAAUCAAGAUGGAGUGAGAACCACCACCUCGGUCACAGAAGGGGUAUCUCUGUUAAAUGUUGUCAUUAACAAGAAGAUUGACAUCAGUGGCUUUGGAGCCUGUGAUGGAACAUUAGCCUGCUCCACCUGCCACCUCAUUUUUGAAGAAAACAUUUUUGAGAAAAUGGACUCCUUGGCAGAUGAAGAGGUGGAUAUGCUGGACCUAGCUUAUGGACUGACUAAAACGUCUCGUCUCGGUUGCCAAGUAUGUGUACGAAAAUGGAUGGAUGGAAUGACUGUGCGAGUGCCAAGGGAUGAGAAGAUGGCGUCAACAAGGACUCAGUGACUCUUCCAGAAUGUGACCUUUAUUCUUUGGCACAUUUUUAGUCCAUUUAUGUUGUAUUCCAGAAUAAUGAAUACUAAACAGCUACAGAAUGUAGUGAUUAUCUACAACUGACACAUGUGCACGACAGCUCACAAAUAGAUAACAUUAACAUAAUCUUUGAAUUAGCAGAUAUUAGCUAUAUUCUGCUAAAAACACACAAACACAAUGCACAAAAACACACAAUCGCACAUGCGCACACACACUCACUCACACACACACACACACACACACAAACAUACAUACUGUGUAUAAGGGCUGUACUCAUUGAAUUACAAAAAUAUUGAUAAAUAAAUGUAAUCUUUGUCACAAA